GGCCCGGGAACCCCCGGGAGGCGGCGGCGGCGGCGGCGGCGUCGUCGUCGUCGUCGUCGUCGUCGUAAGAGCCAUGGCCGCUGACGCGCAGUCUUCGGGGGUCCGCGCUGGCGGCGGCCGGGGCGCGGGGGGGUCCCGGACGAGCUCCUGGGCGCUGUGGCCACCGCUCCCGCCUCUCUCUUUUCUCUUUUUGUUGUUGCUGGCGGCUCCCAGCGCUUGGGCCGCGGGAUACCAGACAUGCCCCAAGGUGGAGCCGGACAUGCUGAAUGUGCACCUGGUGGCCCACACACAUGAUGACGUGGGCUGGCUCAAGACAGUGGACCAGUACUUCUACGGCAUCCAGAAUGAUGUCCAGCACGCGGGCGUGCAGUACAUCCUAGACUCGGUCAUCUCUUCCCUGCUGGCGGAGCCCACCCGCCGCUUCAUCUAUGUGGAAAUUGCUUUCUUCUCCCGUUGGUGGCGACAGCAGACAAAUGCAACACAGGAAAUCGUGCGGGACCUGGUGCGCCAGGGACGCCUAGAGUUUGCCAAUGGUGGCUGGGUGAUGAACGAUGAGGCGGCCACCCACUACGGAGCCAUCAUCGACCAGAUGACACUCGGGCUGCGCUUCCUGGAGGACACGUUUGGCAGCGACGGGCGCCCCCGUGUGGCCUGGCACAUCGACCCCUUCGGCCAUUCUAGGGAGCAGGCCUCGCUGUUCGCGCAGAUGGGUUUUGAUGGCUUCUUCUUCGGACGCCUGGAUUAUCAAGACAAGAGCGCGCGGAAGGAGAAGAUGGAAAUGGAGCAGGUGUGGCGGGCCAGCGCCAGCCUGAAGCCCCCCGCCGCGGACCUCUUCACCAGUGUGCUCCCCAACAUUUACAACCCACCGGAUGGUCUGUGCUGGGACACGCUGUGUGCCGACAGGCCCUUUGUGGAGGACCCACUCAGCCCUGAGUACAACGCCAAGGACCUGGUCCAUUACUUCCUGCAGUUGGCCACUGCCCAGGGCCAGCACUACCGCACCAACCACACUGUGAUGACCAUGGGCUCAGACUUCCAAUACGAGAAUGCCAACAUGUGGUUCAAGAACCUUGACAAGCUCAUCCAGCUGGUCAAUGCCCAGCAACAGGCCAACGGGAGCCGCGUCAAUGUUCUCUACUCCACUCCAGCCUGUUAUCUCUGGCAGCUGAACAAGGCCAACCUCACCUGGUCGCUGAAAGAGGAUGACUUCUUCCCCUACGCCGACGGCCCCCACAUGUUCUGGACCGGUUACUUUUCCAGCCGGCCUGCCCUCAAACGCUAUGAGCGCCUCAGCUACAACUUCCUGCAGGUGUGCAACCAGCUGGAGGCGCUGGCGGGUCCGGCAGCCAACGUGGGACCCUAUGGUUCCGGAGACAGUGCACCCCUCAGUAGGUGUCCAGCGGAUGAGGCGAUGGCCGUGCUCCAGCACCACGAUGCGGUCAGCGGCACCUCCCGCCAGCACGUGGCCAAUGACUACGCUCGCCAACUUUCAGAAGGCUGGGGGCCCUGCGAGGUUCUCCUGAGCAAUGCGCUGGCGAGUCUCAGUGGCUCCAAGGAGGACUUCAUGUUCUGUCGCAAGCUCAACAUCAGCAUUUGUCCGCUCACCCAGACCUCGGAGAGCUUCCAGGUGACCAUUUAUAACCCCUUGGGGCGGAAAGUGGAUUGGAUGGUGCGGCUGCCUGUCAGCAAACACGUUUUCCUCGUGAGGGACCCCAGUGGCACAGUUGUGCCCAGCGAUGUGGUGAUGAUUCCCAGCUCAGACAGUCAGGAGCUGCUUUUCUCAGCCUCAGUGCCUGCUUUGGGCUUCAGCAUCUACUCAGUAACCCAGGUGCCUGGUCAAAGCCCCCAGGCCCACAUCCACCAUCCCAGAUCCCAGAAGCCCUGGUCUCGUGUCUUGGUCAUCCAGAAUGAGUACAUCCGGGCUAGGUUUGACCCGGACUCAGGGCUCUUGAUGGAGUUGGAGAACCUGGACCAGAACCUCCGGCUGCCUGUUCGCCAAGCCUUCUACUGGUACAACGCCAGUACAGGCAACAGUCUAAGCUCCCAGGUCUCAGGUGCCUACAUCUUCAGACCCAACCGACAGGAACCACUGCUUGUGAGCCACUGGGCUCAAACCCACCUUGUGAAGACAGCCUUGGUGCAGGAAGUGCACCAGAACUUCUCAGCCUGGUGUUCCCAGGUGGUUCGUCUGUACCCGGGACAGCGGCACCUGGAGCUGGAGUGGACGGUGGGGCCAAUACCUGUGGGUGAUGGCUGGGGGAAGGAGGUCAUCAGUCGCUUUGACACUGUGCUGGAGACAGACGGACUCUUCUACACUGACAGCAAUGGCCGGGAGAUCCUGGAGAGGAGGCGGGAUUAUCGACUCACCUGGAAGCUGAACCAGACUGAGCCAGUGGCGGGAAACUACUAUCCAGUUAACAGUCGCAUUUACAUCACGGAUGGGAACGUGCAGCUGACUGUGUUGACUGACCGCUCCCAGGGGGGCAGUAGCCUGAGUGACGGCUCCUUAGAGCUCAUGGUGCACAGAAGGCUGCUGAGAGACGAUGCACGCGGAGUAGGGGAGCCGUUGCUGGAGGAGGGGUCGGGGCUUUGGGUGCGAGGGCGCCACCUCGUGCUGCUGGACAAGGCCCGGACCGCGGCCGCCGGGCACCGGUUGCAGGCGGAGAAGGAGGUCCUGGCCCCGCAGGUGGUGCUGGCCCGAGGUGGCGGCAACCCCUACCGCCUCGAGGUCGCCCCUCGCACGCAGUUUUCGGGGCUGCGCCGAGAGCUGCCGCCUUCCGUGCAUCUACUAACAUUGGCCCGCUGGGGACCGGAGACGCUGCUGCUGCGCUUAGAGCACCAGUUCGCCGUAGGGGAGGACUCGGGCCGCAACCUGAGCUCUCCGGUGACCUUGGACUUGACGGACCUGUUCUCUGCCUUCACCAUCACCGACCUACGGGAGACCACGCUGGCGGCCAGCCAGCUCCGGGCCCAAGCCUCCAGGCUCCAGUGGACACCAAACACGGGCCCCACCCCCCGUCCUUCUCCUUCCCGGCUGCUCUCCACCACCAUCACGCUACAGCCCAUGGAAAUCCGCACCUUCUUGGCCUCAGUCCAGUGGGAAGAGGACGGCUAGACCUGGUGGAGGCAAGAUUCCCCCAGAGCCUGAGCCCACUCCUCCAGGGGCGGGGCAAACUCUCCCCCUUCUCUUGCUGCUGCUGCUACCACCAAGGAAAGCCAUUAAAAUGCCAUUACCAAGAAAAGA